AUGGGUUCAAAAAUUAUGGAAGACUCAACAUCAUUUCCGACCUAUGAUUCGAACACCGCUACAGGACCUGUAUUUAUCGCUCCAGUUGGAAAUCAAACAGCUGCAAUUGGUCGUGAAGUCGUUUUCUCUUGCUGCGUCCGCAAUAUUGGAAAAUAUAAGGUUGGCUGGCUACGUGCCUCGGACCAGACAAUUCUCUCAGUCCACACAAGAACAGUAACGCACAAUGCACGUAUCUCGGUCUCGUAUGAGCCCAGCGGAUGUUCCGGGUCCAGCACAGUAUCCGGUAACGCCUUCGGAGUGACAGGAAGUAGCCAAGCCAUGGAGGAAGUCGUCAACGGCACGUGGCGGCUCCACAUUCGUCAGCUAAAGGAAUCAGACAGAGAUUGUUACAUGUGUCAGAUUAACACUAGCCCGAUGAUAUCAGAACUUGGAUGUUUGGAUAUUUUAGUACCACCGGAUAUCGUUUAUGGAGGUGACACCAGCGCCGACUUGGCAGUUUCGGAAGGUGACAAUGCAACUCUAAGUUGUCGUGCAACGGGAAGACCAACCCCAAGAGUGUCCUGGCGAAGGGAAGACGGAGAACCCAUUCUCAUAAGGGCCUCUUCCGCUGGUGGUAACACUUUCGAGAGGCACGAGACCUACAACGGUUCGCUGCUGCAAUUCCAUCGUGUCGAGAGGCGACAAAUGGGAGCGUAUCUGUGCAUCGCUAGCAACGACGUGCCGCCCGCCGUUAGCAAGCGAGUGACACUCGCCGUGAAUUUUGCACCUGUCGUCAAAGCACCUAAUCAGCUUCUAGGAGCACCUUUGAGUACGGACGUGCAGCUGGAGUGCUAUGUUGAGGCAUUUCCAAAUACAAUUAAUUACUGGGUAAAGAACCGACGAGGCUCAGAGGACGAGAUGUUGCUCGAAGGACUCAAGUAUAGUGUACGAGAAGAACGAUCCGGAUACAAAGUUCUGAUGUGGUUGUUGAUCAAAGGAUUUACCGAACAAGAUGUGGGCAGUUACAAAUGCGUGUCGACGAAUAGUCUUGGCAAAGCCGACGGUACUUUAAGGUUAUACGAAAUUAAAAUCGGUUUCGACAGAUCAUCGCGUGGAAAAGAUCAUGUAUCGAUAAUCGGCGGUCUAGCCGAAGCGGCGCAAAGUUCGGGCGCUAAUAGCGGUGGCAGAGGAUUAUUCGGAUGUUGGAAAAAGUUAUCACAUUUCUUGUCGAUGUGUUUAUUUGUACCAGUGCUACUUUGGCCGCGGUGAAGAAGGCAUCCGUUGUUGAUCACCGCUAAGCUGAGUGCCGGAUAACUUUGUGC